CCCCCCCCUCCCGCCUCCUGAGCACCUCAUAUUCCCUUCCCCCUCCUUUUUUUUUCCCUCUCUCCCCCGCCUGCUCUUGGACCCUCGCCGCUUGGCAGCCGAUCCCGCCGCCAUGAGCCCCAGCGCCCGCGGGUCCGAUGCCCCGGUGGUCAUCCGUGAGACGGACCGCUCAACAAUGGCCAUCCUCAGCCACCUCCCGGCACACAUCCGCAAGACCUACACCCAAUCGGCCCAGAUCAUCCUCGACCCGCCGAAUGGCCAUCUCAUUGCCCUGCACGAGGCGAAUUGCCUCCUCUGGCCGUACUCCCAGCCGGUCAAGGGCCACAGGGUGUUCCAUCUGCCCUUCCGUAUGCCAGUUGGCGACUGUUCGCGGCCGAUGGCCUGUCUGCUGGCAGGCGGCCCGGCGCCGCUGGCCCUCGUGGUCUGCUCGCCGGCCGGGGAGAUUGCCCUCUGGCCGACGGUGUCCGACCCUGGGGCCGUGGAAGUCCUCCGACUGGGGGACAUCCUGCGCUCCGGCGACCCGGGCCCCGGGGCCGUGGUUCAUGUUUACGGGUCCUCCCUGGGGGCCUUCCUGCUGACGGCCUCCGGGCGCCUUUUCUGUCUGUCCUUAUCGCGGGCGCUUUUCGUGCCAGCCAUCCACCUGGAUGAGGUCCGUCUAGCUGGGCCAUUUGACGCGCCGGCUGUCGGCCAUGCGGCGGCUGCCCCCUCGCUGGCUGCCAGUCUCAUCCAGAAGGCUGCCGCUGCCUUUGGCCUGACGGCCCCCUCGACCCCGGCCACCGGAGAUGACCAUGCCGGCUUUGAUGCCCUGGCCGCAGCGGACCCCCUCUGCCUGGGCUCCUUUGACGGCUGCCUCGGGCCCUUCCACCAUGUGCUUACCUCCCUCACUCGCACGCAUCUGCUGAGCUGGAAUGUCUCGCCUCAGUCGCGCUCGUUCCUCGGCGCGGUCGAGAUCAAGCCGCUAAUCCGCCGGGCCCUCGGUCGGCUGGAGCCCUCGGCAUCGUCUCUUCCCCUUGACCAUAUCACCUUGCUGGACCUGCAGGCCACUCCGGGGGUGUUCCUCCUGGCCCGGGUCACUUUGCCGGCGGAGGCCCUGCUGUCGGCCCGGGCGCCGCCUGGCUUGGCCGGUGGCCCUCGGUCGGUCCUGCUGGUGGCCGGCCUGCGGCCGCUCUUGCUGGACGACGGCAGCCGGCUCAGCUGGGACACCACGGUCUGCCGGCUGGUGUGGCUGCCCGUGGAACCGAGCCCCUGUGGGCUAGAGGGGGCCUCCCUGCGCCUGGCUGUUUCCGGCACCUCGGUGGCCAUCUCCUCGCCGGGCUUCGUGGCGCUGACCUCGCUCGAGGAUGUUGAGGAGGACGACCAAAUCAUCCGCACCAUGGAGGGGGAUCGCUUUGCGGCGGUGGCCCUGGCGACGACUGCCCCCCCGGCUGGAACCUCCGGGACUGGAGCCCCGCCGUCGGACCUGCUGGUCUUCGCGGCCCGACAUGCGUCUCUCCUGCGGCUGAGCCAGCCGGCCCUGACUCCCGUGCCGGCCGGGCACCUGAUCCCGGCCGAACACCGUCGGACCCAGGCUUUCCGGACCAUGCUGACCGAGUAUCUGGCCAUCGGGGCCAGUGCUCCGAUCGCGGUGGAGAUGCUUCGCCAGGAUGUCGGCCCGCUGGGUCGGGGCGGGGCCACCUCGCUGGCUUUCCCGUCGACCACAGACCCGCUGUUUGAGCGCGUCAUCCGGCAGAUGGUGGAGGAGCUGCUUCAGCCGUCGACCCUUGCCACGCACCUGACCCCGGUGCUGCCGCUGCAGGAAGUCGGUGCGCAUCUGGGCCUCCUGCAAGUCCGCCUCGGGCGACUGAUCAGCGACCCGCGGCUGCGCCUGUCCGGCUCGCUGCGGUCGCACCUGCUGAAGGAGGCCGAGCGAGUGGCCAUGGCGCAGGCUCUGUGGUUGGUGCUGUUUGGCCAGUCGCAGUCGCAGUCGCAGUCGCAGUCGCAGUCGCAGUCGCAGUCGCAGCCGCAGACGGCUGGGGCCCCGAGUGGUGCUCCCCUGGCCUUCGGCCCGGAGUUCGCCCUCGAUGUGGAGGCCCUGCACACGGUGAAGAAAGUGCUUGGCACCUUCACGGUUAACACCUUUGCUCAGAACCCGGCGCUGGUGGCACUGGAGCGUGAGGUGCUGGUGACUGGGCCCGGUCGGGCGGCUGCUCUGACCGAUGCCCGGUGUCGGUUCCUGUUGACCUACUACCCGGCGGCCCUGUUCGGUGCGCACAGCGAGGCCAUUCGAAACGUCCUGGACCAGGCCCAGCAGAAGCUGCUCUCCAUCUUGGACUCCCUGCCGCCGGCCAGCCAGAAGGCCCUCAUGGACCCGGGCCCCUUCACCGGGCCCCUGCUGACCAUUGCCCGGCCGGAUUUGGCUUCGCGCUUCCUGCUGCUUACGCGCCUGGGCUUUAUCAUGGCGGAAAAUGCGCACGCCUUGCGUUUGGCACAUGCCGACACGAUUGGGUCCCUGCCGCCGAUUGACUGGCCAUCGACCGAGCCCUGGCUGCUGGAUGUCCUGGCACAGUUGUACCUGCCGCUGGUCCGGCUAGAGGGGUACACCCCGCUGGGGCUGCUGGUGGCAGCCACAUCGCGACUGCUGGAUGGCAUCCGUCUGCGGGGGGAGUUCUGUCGACAUGCCCAUGGGCUGGACUCCGAGCAGGCGACGCGCAUGGCCCGCGGGUAUCACCGGGCCCGGUGGGCUUUCAUCAGCUCGCUGGCCUUCCAUCCCGGGCCAAUGCCCCUGCCUUCGGCAUUGGGGGGAAGCAUCUCCGGCGAGCAGGCGGCCAUCAACCUGGCCGAGGUGUAUGGGGACAAUGUGUCACUGGUGCAGCUGGUGCUCAGUCGCCCGGGUACUUGGCCCAUCCUGCGGAGCUACAUGGCCAAUCCGCUCUUUGGCAAGGCUUUCAGUUUCCGGCUCUUCCGCCGGCUGCUGACGGCCGGCGAGGUGGCCAGCGUUCUGCAGGGCCAGGCCGGCAUGGCUCUGCCCUUCCUGGGGGAAUUCUUCCAGGCCGAGGAGCAGGCCGAGUUGGAGGCCGCGCAAAGGGUCGCCGGGCGUCGCCAGCAUCCGGGCCCGGCGGCCGAGCGCCCGGGCACCCAGGCGGGGGUUCCCUUUGCCGAGGCGGCCCAGGCGGCGGCGGUCCUGGCCAAUCCCCCGAUCGGGGAGCAUUUCGUGCACUCCGAUGACCUGGUGUCCAUCUGGCGAAACAUGUGUCUGCCCUUCACCGGCAUGGGAGGAACCACGCUGCCGGCCGAGCCCGGGCUCGAUGAGCCGGAUGAUGGUUGUGCGGCCCCCACGCAACCGGGUCAAGCCCCGGGCAUGACGGCUUCGCUGGCUUGGCUGGUGGAUCUGGAUGAUGGCCCGAUGGAGCAGGCCUCGGUCGAAGAGCCGCCGCAGGGGCUGUGCACCCCGCGCGGACCGGUGCGCGGCUGCCUGCGGCUGCUGGCCACGGUGGCCCGGAGCUCGACCUUCCUGGGCAAGGCCUGGCCGCAGCAGACACACACGCCCACCCAUGUGGAGCAGCAGGCGCGCCUGCUGGCCCUGGCCCGACUGGCCAUUCGCUCGAUUCCACAGGAGACGCAGGCUAACACGAACUCCGUUCUGUUGCUGCACUGCCUGACGGACCUGCUGCAGAUGGAGCGCGAAAUGACUGCGGCUCUGGUGGCUGUGCUGCCCAAGGGCGGGAUCUCGCCCCGGCGCGCGGGCCGCAUGGUUUUGAGCCAUGUUCUUGGGCUCUUGGCCAAGUCACCCACCGGCGAGCUGGCCGGCAUGCGCGAUGCUGUGCUGCAUGCAUUCCAGCUUUGUGCUCUCCUGUCGAGUGUGGACUUCAUCCUGCGGGAGCUCCUGCGUGCAGAUGUCCACCCGGUCUUGGUGAGCUUGAUUCAGUUGCACAUGGGCUUGAACCGGGUCCCGACGGCCGAGCCGGGCCAGCCUCAGCGCAGCUGGCUACAGGAGGCCAUUCACCUGCUUUGGGAGGCAGCCAUUCAUGUGGACUUCCCUUCGCCCGAUGCCACGCAGGCGUCCUUGCUGGAGGCCGGUGAUGAGCGCAUGCGCGCCACCCUGUCCGGCACGCUGCUCUCGCACUUCCUGCAGUACACCGCGGCGCUGGACCGCUUCCUGGGGCCGGCCCUUGAAAAGGUGCAACUCAUCGACCAGGAGUCUGACCAGCCCGUUCGGCCGGCUGGGCAGGAGGAGGGUGCCCUUCUCCAGGCCUUGGACUUGGCCCCGCCGGCCAGCCUGUUGCCUGUCUACUUUUCUGACUCGAGCAAAAUGGAGGAGCCCGGGCCAGGGCGCCGCUCCGCGAAGGGCAAGGCCAUGGGUACCUCCAAGGCCAAGAACGCGGCCAUGGACCCGGCAUUGGCCGGUCAACUCCGCGCCUCGGCCGAUCGCAAGAGCAAGCUCCUGAAGCAGGUGUCUCAGCUGGUUUUGGACCAGCUCCAUGCCCAGAAGGCAUCCAGUCACCCGCUGCUGCGUUUGUCCCCGGCCACCAGGGACAAGCAGAAGGCCUGAUGGCCAUCUCCCUGCACACAUGCGCUCGGGCCUGUGGCGGGCGUACGCGCAUGCGUGCAUGCACUCGCCGUAACAGGCAGGCGCUCACGCCCUUGUGGCCCUCCUCGAUCAAAAUACACCCGACUGCUUGCUC